UUUACCUUUUUAGUUACAGGAAGUAGCGUCGCAAACAAGCUCCCAACUGUCGUAAAAAAAGGUGUCGCCUAUCACACAGCUUGAAGCUAGGUUAUUGUUUUCAUCAUCAGUGACAUGGCCUCAGCUCCAGCACAGCAGCCCACCCUCACUGUUGAGCAGACCAGAGUGGUACUGAGCGAGGUGAUCCAGGCCUUCUCAGUACCAGAAAACGCCGCGAGGAUGGAGGAGGCUCGAGAAAGUGCCUGCAACGACAUGGGCAAGAUGCUGCAGCUCGUGCUCCCCGUGGCCACGCAGAUUCAACAGGAGGUCAUCAAAGCCUACGGCUUCAACAACGAGGGAGAGGGUGUCUUAAAAUUUGCCAGAUUGGUGAAGAUGUAUGAAACCCAGGACCCUGAAAUUGCAGCCAUGUCCGUUAAACUGAAGUCUCUCCUCUUACCGUCGCUGUCGACACCACCUAUAGGAGGCGCCAUUCCAGCUUCGUAGGAAUCGCUCAUCGGUCGACUGAAAGGUUACGCUCGUCUCGUCUAAUGCUUUGGAUCAACACGAACUCGCUGUAAUGCCAACAAUCUCGUCUAUCACCUGCUUUUCUUUCUUGAGAAAUAAUGAAAAAAAAAUAAAAAAAAAAUCAUAGUUUCAAACUCAAAACACUAACACGUUCCAGCAAAGAUGAAAUUCAUCCCGUCGUCCACGUCGUGGUUUCGUUUAAAGCAUCUUUACAAUG